GGCCUCCUCCCACCGCAGCCCAUUCGAGUCCCUCCACUGCGCUGGUCUCCGACCUGAGGCCGUCCGCAGUGUCGCCGCGCAAGUGUGCCCCGCGGUGCCCUCUUCUGCCGCUGCCUGUCGGGCAUGGACUGUGGCCGGGACUUCCUGACCCUGCACGGCCUGCAGAAUGACGAGGAUCUACGGGCACUGCUGAAGGGCAGCCAGCUCCUGAAGGUGAAGUCCAGCUCAUGGCGGAGAGAGCGCUUCUACAAGUUGCAGGAAGACUGCAAGACCAUCUGGCAGGAGUCUCGCAAAGUCAUGCGGACCCCAGAGUCUCAACUGUUCUCCAUUGAGGACAUUCAGGAGAUACGGCAGGGGCACCGCACCGAGGGCCUGGAGAAGUACGCCCAUGAUGUGCCCGCGGACCGCUGCUUCUCUAUCAUCUUCAAGGACCAGCGUAACACACUGGACCUCAUUGCCCCGUCACCAGCUGAUGCCCAGCACUGGGUGCAGGGUCUGCGGAAGAUCAUCCACCACUCGGGUUCCAUGGACCAGAGGCAGAAGCUGCAGCACUGGAUUCACUCCUGCCUGCGAAAAGCUGACAAAAACAAGGACAACAAGAUGAGCUUCAAGGAGCUGCAGAACUUCCUGAAGGAACUUAACAUUCAGGUGGAUGACAGCUAUGCACGGAGGAUCUUCAGGGAAUGUGAUCGCUCCCAGACAGACUCCCUAGAGAAUGACGAGAUUGAGGUCUUCUACAAGAUGCUGACCCAGCGGGAGGAGAUCGACCGCAUCUUUGCCGAGGCUGCGGGUGCUGGGGAAACCCUGUCAGUUGAUCAGCUGGUUACAUUCCUGCAGCACCAGCAACGGGAGGAGGCUGCAGGGCCUGCAUUGGCCCUAUCUCUCAUCGAGCGCUAUGAGCCCAGUGAAACUGCCAAGGCACGGCGGCAGAUGACCAAGGAUGGCUUCCUCAUGUACCUUCUGUCGGCGGACGGCAGCGCCUUCAACCUGGCGCACCGACGGGUCUACCUGGACAUGAGCCAGCCGCUCAGCCACUACUUCGUGUCCUCCUCACACAACACUUACCUGCUGGAGGAUCAGCUCACUGGACCCAGCAGUACCGAAGCCUACAUCCGGGCGCUGUGCAAAGGUUGCCGCUGCCUGGAGCUCGACUGCUGGGAUGGGCCCAACCAGGAGCCAAUCAUUUACCACGGCUACACCUUCACCUCCAAAAUCCUCUUCUGCGACGUGCUCAGGGCCAUCCGGGACUACGCCUUCAAGGCAUCUCCCUACCCCGUCAUCCUGUCCCUGGAGAACCACUGCAGCCUGGAGCAGCAGCGGGUGAUGGCACGACACUUGAGGACCAUCCUGGGCACCAUGCUGUUGGACCAGCAGCUAGAUGGGGUCACCACCAGUCUGCCCUCCCCAGAACAACUGAAGGGAAAGAUCCUGCUGAAGGGAAAGAAGCUUGGGGGACUCCGGCCCCCUGAAGGGGAAGGCAGUUCUGAGGCCACUGUGGUGUCAGAUGAGGAUGAGGCUGCGGAGAUGGAAGACGAGGCAGUGAGGAGCCACGUGCAGCACAAACCCAGGGAGGACAAACUCAGGCUAGCGAUGGAACUCUCCAACAUGGUCAUUUACUGCAAGAGUGUCCACUUUGAGGGUUUCUCCAGGCCUGGCACUCCUGGGCAGGCCUUCUACGAGAUGGCAUCCUUCUCUGAGAACCGUGCCCUCCGACUACUCCAAGAAGCAGGAAACAGCUUUGUCCUCCACAAUGUGGGGCACCUGAGCAGGAUUUACCCCGCUGGCUGGAGAACAGACUCUUCCAACUACAGCCCUGUAGAGAUGUGGAACGCAGGCUGCCAGAUCGUGGCUCUGAACUUCCAGACACCUGGGCUAGAAAUGGAUGUGUACCAGGGCCGCUUCCAGGACAAUGGGGCCUGUGGGUACGUGCUGAAGCCUGCCUUCCUGCGAGACCCCAACUCCACUUUCAACCCAUGUGUGCUGACUCAGGGGCCCUGGUGGACUCAGAAGCGGCUCAAUGUCAGAGUCAUCUCGGGGCAACAGCUUCCAAAAGUCAACAAGAAUAAGAAUUCAAUUGUGGACCCCAAAGUGACAGUGGAGAUCCACGGUGUGGCCCGGGACAUGGCCAGCCGCCAGACUGCUGUAGUCACCAAUAAUGGUUUCAACCCCAAGUGGGACACGGAAUUUGAGUUUGAGGUGGUUGUGUCUGAGCUUGCCCUCAUCCGCUUUGUGGUGGAGGAUUACGAUGCUUCCUCCAAGAACGACUUCAUUGGACAGAGCACCAUCCCCUUGAGCAGCCUCAAGCAGGGAUACCGCCACAUCCACCUCUUAUCCAAGAAUGGAGACCAGCAUCCAUCAGCCACGCUCUUUGUGAAGGUUUUCCUCCAAGACUGGGCUCGAGGAGUCUAGUGGGGUUGCCCUGAGCAGGCUAGGCCUCUGUCCACCUCUGGGGGCAGGGCUGGUAUGGCCACUCUCAACCUCUUGCUUAGAGUUAGAGGCCUCCAUACUGCCUUCAGCUCAAACACUGCCCAUGCUGCUUCCUCUCUGAGGUCCUAGGAGCUGAUCCAGUCCCUGGAGCUGUCCUUUAUUCCAUUAGGAACACACUGCAACCCUUUGGCCUCUGGCUAGCCCUGGGUCAAGGAUUUUUAUAAAAAUCGUAAGA